ACGUGGAAAGCUAGGGUUUCUUUCGUCACCUGGGCUUUUCCCUGCAUAAAGUAAUAGCAAUAACACUAACGCCAUUGCACUGCAAAAAACACAAAUGUUUUUCUAUGGGUUUUGUUUAUGUUUGACAGAUUGUGUUUGGAUGCUCAGAAACUGCGAGGUUAAUUCUGUAAAAUUUUCUGUUCCGUUUUGACCCAAAAAUGGGUUCCGCAAGUUCGAAAGCUGAGAAGAGCGAAGCUCUUCGACUUUGCAAGGAGAGGAAGAAAUUCAUCAAACAAGCUAUUGAUUCGAGGUACGCUUUAGCUUCUGCUCAUGUUGCUUAUCUUCAAUCUCUUCGUAAUAUUGGCAUUUUACUUCGGCGAUUCGUGGAGGCCCAAGUGUUGAUAGAGUCGUCUCUGUCCCCUCCGGCCACUGAAAUUGACAAAACCCCAAUUCAUUUGUCCUACACAUCACCCUCUCCGCACAAUGAGAGCUUUCUUUCUCUACCUGUGCCUAAAUUGAGUUAUAUGAGGUCAGGAGGGACUAAUGCUGUGACUGUUAGGUUCAAUCUAACUAGUACUAAUAGUUUUAUGGAUGAUAGUGAAUCGAUGCCAUUUACAAUGCCGCCGCCACCACCGCCGCCUCCACAUCCUGAGUCAGGGUCUUCUUGGGAUUUCUUUGACCCCUAUGAUGAUUGUGAGGGUUCUAGGUUCGUCGGAGAGGAUGGGUUGCAUGUGAAUUUUGAUCAUAUCCGACUUCCCGAACGACCCAUUAGAACCAAAAUUGAGAAUGAAGAGUACAAGGUUUCAAGUGAUUCAGAGACUCACAAUGAUGGGAGAGACCAAUGGACGGCACACAUUGCCCAUUCCCUUACACCUCAAAGAAUUAAGGGUGGUGGACAAACAGUUAAUAGUGAGGCAAAACAACUAGAGGCUGAACAGAAUGUUAGUGUAUUGGCUGGAACAUUGAUUGGCAAGGCAGCUUUCAAACAGUCAAGUUCAAAGACGGAUGAGAGUGUGGUGGACAAAGAUAUGCCUGCAGAAAGAGGGGGUCCUUCGGAAUUUAUCACCCACCGGGCUCAAGAUUUUCAAUCAAGCAUAAAGGACAUUGAGCAGGGUUUCUUUAGAGCAUCUGAGUCUGGCAAGGAGAUUUCUAGGAUGCUUGAGGUGAACAAACUCCGAUUUGGAUAUUCCGAGGCAAAAGAACCUCCACAGCAUGUGAUCAAGGUUAUUGAUUGGAACAGGUCAACAUCUUCACGGUCAUCUUCAUCAAGUAAUCCUAUUGCCACAGUAGCAAAGGAAAACAAUGAUGACAGUGGAAAUGAUCUUGCUGAUGAGUUUGGCAUGAUAGCAGGAAGCAACUCCUCCACUCUAGACAGACUGUAUGCAUGGGAGAGAAAACUUUUUGAUGAAGUGAAGGCCAGUGAAUCUGUCAGGAAGGAGUAUGACGGGAAGUGUGACCAACUUAGGCAGCAAUUUGCAAAGGAUCUUAGUGCCCAAGUGAUUGAUAAAACCCGAGCAGUGGCGAAAGAUCUACAUUCACAAGUUGGAGUGGCUCUUCAUGCUGUUGAUUCAAUAUCAAAGCGUAUCGAGAAAAUGAGAGAUGAAGAGUUGCAGCCACAACUUGUAGAACUGAUUCAGGGAUUGAUAAGGAUGUGGAAGGCCAUGCAUGAAUGCCAUCAUGCGCAAUACAUAACAAUAUCACUAGCAUACGAUGCAAAGAGCUCAUCAAGAACACCCCAUGGGGAUAUGCAGAGGCAGAUAUCGACUCAGCUCCAACACGAGAUUGAAUGCUUUGGCUUGAGCUUUGCAGAUUGGAUCAACAGCAAUGCAUCAUACGUGGAAGCCGUCAACGGUUGGCUGCAGAAGUGCAUCUUGCAACCACAGGAGCGAUCCAAGGGCAGAAGGGCAUUCUCUCCUCGUCGAGUUCUGGCCCCGCCUAUCUUUGUUCUCUGUCGUGAAUGGUCAGCCGGGAUCAAAGCUUUGCCAUCUCAUGAACUUAGUGAUGCCAUCAAAGCCUUAUUCGAGCAAGUGGCAGAACUGGAGAAAAAACAAAGAACACUUGAUUCGAGCAACACUGGAGAAUUACAGGAUACAGAUGAUGAUAUGUCUUCAAAUUUAAGCUGCACACAUACUAGUUUGACAAAGGUUCUUGAUAGAUUGACCAAGUUCUCUGAGGCUUCACUAAAAAUGUAUGAAGAUAUUCGACAGAAAAGUGAAACUGCUCGAAAUGCAUAUUUGAAUUACAGGCCACCUAGAUUUUAAGCUCAUUUAAUCAUCAAUUGUAAGUGUUCUUUUUUGGUUUCUGGUUGGAAAUCAAUUUUUAUUUUUUUAUUUUUUCCUUUCUGAAAUUGAAAGUUGUUGCAGAUCUCUUUUAAGAAGGAAUUAUCAAGUAUUAGGAGUAUGUGUGGAAAGUGAGAAUAUAUUGGGUCAUUGGAAUACCCAAUGAACAUAUAUGCAUCAUUUUAGCAUA